GCUAGUUCCUGUGUUGACAGAAAGAGCUGAAGGGGAGGAGGGGAGUGGAAAGAACAGAGCCUAGGGUUGAGGGACUACUGAACCUCUGGAGAUGUGAAGGCCAAGAGUCAUUCUCUAUGAUAAACCCCUCCACUACUGCAGCUGGAGACGCUUUUCCCAGUCUCUGUGCUCCCCUGGGGCGAGAGAGGGGAUGGAGGCCAAGAGACCCCAGGAAGAAGAGAAUGGUGACCAGCAUCAGGGCCCCCAUCAGGAUGAGCAUGGCUGGCCCCCUGUGAACACCACCACUCGGCCUUGGCGAUCUGCUCCUCCGUCCCCUCCUCCUCCAGGGACCCACCACACAGCCCUGGGGCCCCGCUCGGCCUCUCUGCUCUCCCUGCAGACUGAGCUCCUUCUGGAUUUGGUGGCUAAGGCCCAGUCCCGCCGCCUAGAGGAGCAAAGAGCCACCUUCCACAUCCCCCAGAACCCCCCAAGCAUAGCCCCAGCCCCACUUCGGCCUCUUGAGGACAGAGAACAGCUCUACAGCACUAUCCUCAGUCACCAGUGCCAGCGGAUGGAAGCCCAGCGGUCAGAGCCUCCCCUACCCCCAGGGGGACAGGAGCUCCUGGAGUUGCUGCUGAGAGUUCAGGGCGGAGGUCGAAUGGAGGAGCAAAGGUCCCGGCCCCCCACACAUACCUGCUGAGACGUGAGCCCCUCCACCAGCCCCUCCACACUCCUGGGGCUCAAAGCUGGGCAGCAUGCCCUCAACCCCUGCUUGGCAGGGGCACCAGAGACUGGAAGACCCAGGAGAAAUCUCAAUAUCCAUCAUCCUCAUCCACCUUCCCAAGGAACAGAGGAGGUGAAAGUCCUGGGGGUAGGAUGGUCAUUUAACUCCCUCCCCCAGUACAUGGGAGCUUGAAGCAGUGAGAAGAUCCCAGCCACUGAGGAACACCCCCCCCUCCCCUGAUCCCAAGGAGUGGCUGGAAGUCUUGGUCUUGAACUGUGGGGAUACCCCCAGUAGUCUAGCCACUAGGUAGGAUCUGAGGGCUCAGGCCUCCAUCUCCCAAGAGAAGGCAGAUCUCCCAAAGUUAGGGCCUGAGAGACAGUUCCACCUUCCUUCCCAGUAAGAAAGAAAGGGAGAGAGGGCAUUACAAAAAGGUAAGACCAUUCGCCCACCCCACCACCAGCACUCCCACCCCAGGACUGAGGGGCCUACAGGCUGUGAAUGGACACUUAGCACUGCCCACCCUCCCUCCCCACUGCUGCUCCGAGUCCGAUGUUUUGGUUGUAUGAA